UUCUUGCUCUCAUAAUCUCAUUCCACCGAUGAUGGCACACUCGCCGCCGAUCGCCGGCGGUCUCCUCCUCCUCCUGGUGCUCCUCGGCGCCGCCAUCCACAUCCCACGCUGCCUCCUCGCUGCUCAUCCGCACUUCGAAGGCUUGGACGAUGCCUCGGAUGCCGUGAUAGACGAUGACCACUUCGAUUACGAACCCUCCAUCCCAUCCCCAGUAAUCUCCGUCUCCUACCAUGAACCACCCUCCGAUCCCUCACCUCCUCCUCCUCCGCCCUCCCCCAUUGCCGAGUCCGAGCUCUGGGACGAGGACGAAUUCGAAGGCAUCCCCAUUCUCAACUUCAUCUCGUACCCCCCAGAUGGAGAUCGAGUUCAAGCUCCUGCUCCCUCGCCUUCUGAUGCUCCAGAACGCUCCCCGUGGUUUACCUACUCGAUCGAGUUCACGUUCACCUUCUUCUUGAUUUCAUUCGUGAUCAAUUACUUCGACGGGAAACGUAAAAACGAGCUCAUCGUCGUCGCCUGGGCCUCCAAAUUCGCCACCCGGGACUCCAUUUUCAGCAAGAACUUUAGCUUCAUUGGCGCUGGUGACGGCAACAACGCCCCUUACCUCCUGAAAGAACGCCCAGAUGUCUUCAAGAUCUGGGCCAGCGGAAGAAACUACUGCAAGGGUUUUGUAGCUACAAUGAAGCUGAAAAAGCGGCAUGAUUUGAUAUCCAGGAUUUGGGAUAUGGUACGCUUGAAGAGGGAUACGAUCACCUUCGAGGUGAUGAUGAAGGAGAAUGCCAUGGAUCAUGUGGUGCUUGCGGUGGCAAGGAGUAAGGCCUCCAAGGCCAUGCUGAAGGAGGAGAAGGAUUUGCAGAGGUUUGCGAACGUGUUGGCAUGGACCCCAGCAGGGAGGAAGUGGGUUUCUGAGGAGCUCGCCAUUGUUGCAGAAUCAAAGGAGGUCGCUGGGGAUCUUAUCACUGAGGCUGUUCUUGAUCAGGUUCUUGGCGAGGAGGCAUUUAAAAAAUUUGGAAAGGAAUUCAUCUCACUGCACUUUUCCGAUCAAUAUCCAGGCUCUCAUUCGAAAAUGCUAAUUUUCAAGUUCACACUUCCAGAUGCCAAAAACAUGGCUGACAUGACAAUGCUAGCUUCUCUUGUCCCUUAUUAUGUCGACUUAAUUGGGCGCUACAAUCUUAGCUCUCAGGCUCGGUCUAGAACAGAUGCUGCAAGGAUGAAGGCUGCCCAAGACGCAUCCAAAGAACUGCAAAACGCAAGACGAGAGGCUCUGCAGAAACAGAAGGAAGAAAAAAGAAAGCUUAUGGAUGAGGCUGAUGCUAAGCUUACUGCCGAUGCAAUUAACAGAAGACUAGAGAAAGAACGCUCGCGCCAGAAGAAAUCAAAGCCUCCAAAAAAGAUGCUCUGAGACUAAGUUUAGUUGUGUAAAUGACACCAUUAACAACCUACUUCAUAGCUGCUGCACAGACACAAAAUUCAGCUCUAGAUUUCUUAGAGCUUCUCUAUAUUUUCACUUGUGUCAAUGUUGUUAGACGUCGUUAAUUUUAUACUGUUAAUUGAAAAGAACCGGAAUUGAUGCUGUACUUACAAACUUAGGACAUGCUGAUCAUAAAUAAACAUUUUGCUGCAAA